AAACGACGAAUCGAUGCUCAAAUGCGCUUACGAGUAUAAGUGACAGCUCGUUCGUAGUGGUCGGUCCACAGCUUCACCUGGCUCUCAACCCGACAGCCGCUGAAAAAUGAAACUCUUCGCUAUCCUCGUCCUGAUCGCAGUCUGCGUCGCCGUAACCACGGAGGCCAAGACGACGAAGAAACCGAAGGGAACUCUUGCUCCUAGGCCAACAGCCAAGCCCAAACCGACUGCUCUUCCGAAGCCCACCAGGUUGCCAGUGACUCGUAAGCCAUUGACUCGCAAACCCAGGGAACUUCUUGAUGAGCCUGAGCUUCGUCGUAAGGGUACCCGUCGUCCAGGGACCGGCAAACCCCAUCAUCCAUCCCAUCGACCAAGGACUGGACGACCCCAUCCUUCACGUAGGCCAAGGGAAGUAGAAGAGCAAGAGCUCCGUCAAAACACUCGUGCCCCCAAGACUCCUAAACCAACUAAAGCGGCCAGAACACAAAAGCCCAAAGUGACUAAAGGACCUAAGCCGACCAAGGCCCCAAAGACCCCUAAGCCUACAAAGGCCCCAAAGACCCCUAAGCCUACCAAGGCCCCAAAGACGCCUAAACCAACUAAUAGCCCUUAAACGUUUUCAUCUGCGAAAACAACAGCCUUAAUCAUCGAUGUAUUAGUUGGUGAUUAUACUUGAUAGGCCUUAUAGACAGCGUAGAACGACAUGAUUGGCGUAAUUGGCAAGCAUUAAAAAAUCGGGCAGCCAACUGACAUUUUAAAUCGAAUUGAAAACUGUAUCGGCAUUACAAAUUUUGAAUCAAUACAAAAUGACUGCCCAAAA